AUGGGUGUGCCUGGGUACUACGAGCUGUACCGGCGUAGCACGAUCGGGAACAGUCUGGUGGACGCGCUGGACACGCUGAUCAGCGACGGGCGGAUCGAGGCGUCGCUUGCGAUGCGCGUCCUGGAGACGUUCGACAAAGUGGUCGCAGAGAACCUCAGGGACAACACGGGGUCCAAACUCACCGUGAAGGGGGACCUCGACACGUACGGGUUCUGCGACGACGUGUGGACUUUCAUCGUCAAAAACUGUAACGUGACCGUCGAGAACACGGGGAACGGCGCGGGCAACAAUGGGGCCAACGACGCCAUCAAAGUCGAUAAACUGAGGAUCGUCGCCUGUAAUUCCAAAAAGAGCGACUAG